GCGGUCACCUGCGCGUGUAUGCCUCGUGUAAAACAAUGCGACUUAAUCACAGUUAAUUGUCUAUUAUGUUUCCAAAUGGGUAGAAGUCUAGUGUGAAAGUUCCCCAGUCAUUCUCCAAGGAUGCUGACCGACACAGGCCCAGUGGCCAAGCUCUACUUGUCCAUAAUCGAUGACGUGAUUGACAGCGUGAGAGAGCUCUUCUUGGAUGAAGGAGUUGAAGACCGCGUCCUGGAUGAUUUAAGACAUCUCUGGGAGUCAAAAGUGAUGCAGUCAAAAGCAAUGGAAGGCUUAAGGAAAAACGCCAACCCAUCCAACUUUGUGCUCCAGCUUCCUGCCAGCUACACUCAGAGUGAUCAAGAGCUCACGGCCUCAGUUGUCAUCCCUGGAAAUCAAAAUAUCCGCAGCUUCCCGGUCAAGAACAAUUCAGAGACACUUGCUACCUUUUCCCUCCCUGCUGGAUUGGCUUACCCCGUGCAGAUACCAGCAGGAGUCACUCUACAAACAGCCUCUGGUCAACUUUACAAGGUCAAUGUUCCUGUUGUGGUUACGCAGGCCCCAGUGGGUCAGCAGCCUGCAACCCAAGCCAUGCAGAAAGUCACUGAAUGGAGGGAGGCUUCUGCCCCCCAGCCCACUGCAGUCCCACCAAAUCCUAUUGCUCCCCACGAGGUAGAAACAUCCUCUGUUCCAGCUCAGUCUGUCACACAGCCAAAGACCAUUUUACCCUCCAGUAAGGAGGGCAGCCUUCCCCUGCAGUCUACAGAGCCAGAUUUCCCACAGGAAGAAAAUGAGCCAAAUCCACAACCCAACCUCAGCACGACCGCCUCACCUUGCACUCAGUUAUUAGACUACCAGAUCAGAAGAGAGGAGGCUCUGGCACAGAUGGCUCAGAGCAGAGACAUUGAUGACAUCCUGAAAGAAGUUAUUGAGGAGGAGAGAGAAAAAGCAGAAUGGGCAAGGAAGCUAGCUCCUGUGGAGUCUGACAGCCAGUCUGAAGCGACUCUUGGGUUGGAUCUGGGCUACAGCCAGUUCUCAGACAUCGUUCAGCUCGAUGGGCCUGCAGGCAACUCUGACCUCGAGGAGGAAGAGGAGGUUCCCCUGGAAGAGAAUGACUUUCUGGGUAUAAUCAAUGCAGAGGCCAUGAAGGCCCUGCAGGAAGGAAAUGAAAGCAGUGAUGGCAACAGCAUCUCCUCCAGCAGCGACGGUGAAGGUGCAGAUGAACUCGCUAACAUAGAGGAGGAGGACCCUCUGAAUUCAGGUGACGAUGUGAUUGAGCAAGACAUCCCUGACCUUUUUGACACUGACAAUGUCAUUGUUUGCCAGUAUGACAAAAUUCACCGCAGUAAGAACCGUUGGAAGUUUCACCUGAAGGACGGAGUGAUGUGCUACGGCGGCAGGGACUACGUGUUUUCGAAAGCAGUUGGGGAAGCAGAGUGGUAAUGAACCUUAGUCCCCCUGAACAGAUCAGGGAAAGAGAAACUAUCAUUUAAAAAUGAAUUUAAAAUUCUUAGUUGUAGUAAUGUGGCUCACAGAGCAGUUUGUGACUACUGUGCCAGAUAAUCAUCAGAGCAAUGCUACAAGUCACUUAUAUCAUCCAGUUGCAUAAAGCAUUCCUUAUAAAUACUGUUUACUGAGUCAAACAGCAUGGAUUUAUGUUGUAUUGCACUUUGUGAAAAUAUUCUUUACAAGCAGAGUAAACCUUUUAUUUGACCUCCAAUGAUUGUUUGAGGAUAACAAACGUGCUGUUUGAUUUUCAAACAUUGUCACGUCUCUUUAAUUAUGCUCCAAAUAUACUGACCUGUACUGUGGUGCUGCGUUUAAUGAGCCCUCUUCUUUCUGUGAAAACCACUUCAAAG